UGCACAGAACGACGAGCACGCCGCGAGCUGCAAGCUCCAGCGAGGAGGCGGCUGCCGCGGAGGACAGCGACGGGGACGACGACGACGACAAGGAGGAGCCUCAGUAGCAGCGAUGAGCGCCUUGCUGCUGCUUCUUGUGCUUGGCGGCCUCCUCGCUCAUCACCACGCCGCUCGCGCCAUCGACCUGCAGCGGCUCUACGGACACCGUGCGCCACCCUCCAAGCGCACCGAUGGCGAGGUCUGUCACCCGUACAAGCCAUUCAAAUGCCCGGAGGACAACACUUGCAUCUCGAUCCAGUAUUUGUGCGACGGCGCACCAGACUGCCGCGAGGGCUACGACGAGGACCCAAGGCUUUGUACCGCCGCAAAAAGACCACCUGUGGAAGAGACUGCGAGCUUCUUGCAAGCCUUGCUGGCAAGUCACGGUCCAAAUUACCUCGAGAAGUUAUUUGGCAGCAAAGCUAGGGAUGCACUCGCGCCUCUCGGUGGAGUGAACAAGGUCGCCAUCGCCCUAUCGGAGUCGCAAACGAUCGAGGACUUCGGGGCAGCGCUGCACCUGAUGCGUUCGGACCUCGAGCAUCUGCGCUCGGUCUUCAUGGCAGUGGAGAACGGCGACAUUGGCAUGCUCAAAUCUCUCGGCAUCAAAGAUUCGGAGCUGGGCGAUGUGCGGUUCUUCCUGGAAAAGCUUGUCGACACCGGCUUCCUCGACUAAUGGAAACGUAUGCAUUUGAAACACGUCGGCUCGACGCCUCGGCCGCGCGUUUUUUAACCAUCAUGAGCAAGUCCGACGCGCGUGCCGACGCAACCAGCCACGAUCCAGGAGUGAGAACAGCUCAUCGACCAGCUCCCUUUUCUACCCGAUGCCGAAUUACCAUUUUCAAGCUUAAUUAAUGCCACCGCACACUCAACCACAAGAAACACUCAGAACAAGCAUGGGGAUCAUGCUGGAGUGAAAACACUGGCGAUCGCAAUGUUACCGACCGAGGCGCAAGAGCUUGUACGCAACAGGUUAUUGGUCAACGAUGAUCUGUAUCUACAGAUCUGUGGUGAAUAUAUCUACCGGAAAAACAGAACUCGUCGACGUACGUGGUGUUGGACGAGAAUGAGUUUUUCUCGAUGAAUGCAUUUGGUAUGCGAAUCUCGAAUGUUCCCACUCGGGCGCUCUGAUAGAAAUUGCAAAAGUUGUCCAGAUUUUGCGAAUUCUCGAGGAGUGCUUGAGUCCCGAGUUCGAGAUUUUGAUGCUGGCUAGUCCUACAGUCGUGUAACGACCUUCACCUUGUAUUCUACUCCAGGUGACUUGCAAACACACAUAUGUAUGCAUCAACAGGAAUGGCAUAACGAAAAAGCGAUAACGUAGCGGUUUAAUUUGAUGGAUGGCGUGGAUGUGAAUCAUUUAUACGAGAUAUGAACACUGAAUGUGCGACGUGUUAUAAUUGUCAGUGAUGUGUUUUGGAGUGAGCUGAUGAUGAAAUGGAGAUGGUAAAUGUUACGUAUGAAAAGGCUCGUUACUUGAUCGACCGUGUUGAUCUACUAUCGACGUUAAUAAAAAGUAUUUAUAAUUUUAUGAUUUCGAUGAUUUGUCAAUAGUAGACAUACACGGUUACAAUAACGAACAAUCGAUACAAGGAAGUUGAUAUUCUGAACACGUAAUCGUCAAAAGUAAAUGUUAUAAAGAUUUAUUAAUAAUGUUAUAAAAGCAGGUUUCAUGAAUGACGUCGACGACGCUGAGUCAAAUUUAUGAUAAAACGUAACGUGACGGUGACCGUGGUACAUCAUGAUCAAGCAAUCACUAUUGUGAUUAUAUCUUACAAUUAACCGAACCUGUAGCACGUUUUUGACUCUCUUGUCGGUAUUUUGAUUCUAAUUAAUAAUUAUAACAGCGAUCAAUUUUUAGAUGAAUACAAAGUUUUAGAUAAAAAUGAAAGACUCUAUUAAUUAAAUACAUUAUACACUUUGAAGAAAAUCAUAUAUUGUGUAUGAAAUAGCUCUGUAUUAUAAAUAUCUGAAAACUAUUUAGUAUAGAGCAAAUGCAGUGGAAUAAAGAUAAUCAGAUGAGAUAAGCUAUCAAUUGGCGCGACGAUUGCAUUAACUACACGUAAAGUGAGAACAAAUAAAUUGCGGGAUGAGGAUAAGGGCAAUUAUUACGGAUCAGACAGAUUUUUUUUUGUCUAAUGUCUAUUUUUUACCAAUUUGUAUACUUCAAUUCGGAAAAUAAGCUUCUUUCAUUAGAUUUCAACGCUGAAUAACCAUCCGUCACGCUAUUCUUACGAGAUUACUCUUCGAUUUCUUAACAACCUUUCAACUGGGAUUAGUUUCGUUACGAGUUCCUUUUUGACAGAAUUUGCUAUGCUUUGGGUUUUGUUUUUAACUCCGUGUAGAAAAGCGAAAAAAGCUUAAAAUGAAAAAUACAUUUUUUUUUUUCAAAUCAGAACCAACAAAAUAUUAAGCUUCAAACAAUCUUUCGACAAUCACUAGUCUGAAACAUUUAUUUCAGCUUUAUUACUGUGCUGAACCCGACAAUCCUCUUUACUAUUCCUGCUACGACUGUCAAAUUACUGAACCAGGAUAUCAAUGAAGUUCUUAACUGUGUACCUUCGCAACUAAUUAAAUAGUCUAGGGAUUAAGUUGAUACAGAUUAAUUAGCAGCUGACAUUAAUAGCUGGUCGCUUUCGUAAAUUGUUAUUUUACAUAUUAUUAUUUUUGAUAUUCUUAUGAUAUUUAUAGUAAUAAUUUUGAUGUCCUGAAAAAAUUGUUAACUUAUUUGCUAAAAUCUUUUAUUUUUCUACCAAUCUGAUUCUGUGGAAAGGAACGACACAAUUUACAAAAAUUAAAAUAUUCUAAAUUAUAUACAAUCAUUGAACGUAAUAUUUUAACCCGUAUUGAAAUUAUAAUCUUUAUUGCUAAUACAUGUGAAACUAACUUAAAAAAAUUUUUAAUAGAAUUUGAAAAUAAUUAUACAGAUGUCACUCCUCUCAACAUCGUAAAAAAUAUAAGGAAAAAAGUAUUUGAAAACUCAAAAUACCCCAGAAAAGUAAAAUAUAGAAAUUUAGACCUUCCUUAUUUAUGUAACAGCAAUUUUAGGAAUGUUAUUUCUAGAGAACCACAGAGUUAGUCAAAAAACAAAGCCAAACGUUCCAGCAUUUUAUGAUAUCCAGGUCGCCAAAGUAAAAGAGAUAUAAGAACUUAAUGCUUAAAAGGCGUGAUAAAAAUGGAAGAUUUGAACAAAAUAUUAAUAGCCAAUCCAACUACAAAGACAUAUCGUAAAGUAUACAAUGUAUUUAUUAAUAAAUUAAUGUUAGUUACUGCUUAUAAUGCAGGUACAGAGUCAAUAGAUACAAGAAAUACACAAUCGUUAUUGCUCAUCGAAAGGUUUGAAAAAUUUACAACGUAAUUUCACAUUCAAAUAAAAAUUUAUAAUAUAAACAAACAAAAAAAUAUUCGAUCAAUUAGAAACGAACAGCAAUGUGAUGAUGAUGAAAAUAAUUCUAAUAUAUUGAACAUAUCGUAAUUAUAAUAACAAAAAGGUAAAACAUAUCACUAUGAAUAUAAUUAAUUGAAUCUUAUAUAUUAUUAUAUUGAUAUAAAUAUAUAUUUCAAAUACGUAAAGAAACUUAUUAACAUAUUAGUAUGUAGUGGAUAUUUUGUAGAUGGAAUUUGAGGAUCCUCCCGGCAUCAAUGAGAUUUGUUUAAAUUAAUGAAUAUUGGCCGACUUGUGUAUUGAACGUCAUAUA